AUGAGUUCCCCCCUUGGCGAUAACCCGACCUCGGGCAACCGAGGAGCUGGUCCACGAUCGGGCCGAAAGCGCCCAAGAAAUGCAGGCGAUGAUGUUGCAUCCCCUGCUGGGCUUGCAUCCAGCCCAAUGCCUUCUUCGCCCCCAGCGCCCUUCGACCAUAUGCAUGGCAUCGAAGACGAUGACGACGUGGAGGAUGAACCAGAGAUUCAGGACGACCUUGACGACGUGGACGAAAUGGCCGAAGAUGAUGUCGACUUGUUCCGAGAAGGGUUCGAAGCUGAUUACAGGUCUCGGGAGGAUGACGCCUACGAAGGCGUCGGCAUUGACGACGAAGGCGACUUUGACGACAUGGAUCUGGGACACAGACGAAGACUCGAAGCCCAGUUGGCUCGACGUGACAGAGAAGUUGCUCGUCGGCAGAGAAUCCCGGCGGCCUUCUUGCCCGGCGAUGAAGACGACGCCGACCUGGAUUUGACUGCGCAGCCGCGCCGCCGCCGCCGCCACUACGACGAAGACGCAGACGAUGCCAUGGACGCCGACAUCAUGGACGAAGACCUGUCGUUAGAGGCUCUCGGCGACGUCAAGGCCGAGAACCUCACCGAGUGGGUCUCGGAACCACUGGUCCAGAGAACGGUGAAGCGAGAGUUUAGAGCCUUCUUGACCUCGUACACCGACGCCUCCGGGUCCUCGGUGUACGGCAACCGCAUUCGUGCUCUUGGCGAGAUGAAUGCCGAGUCCCUCGAGGUUUCGUACGAGCACCUGUCCGAAAGUAAAGCCAUCCUGGCUUACUUUGUGGCCAAUGCCCCCGCCGAGAUGCUGAAGCUCUUCGACCAAGUCGCCAUGGACGUUGUCCUGCUGCACUAUCCCGACUACGACCAAAUCCACUCCGAGAUUCACGUGCGCAUAUUUGACCUGCCCGUGCACUACACCCUUCGCCAGUUGCGUCAGUCCCACCUGAAUUGCCUCGUGCGCGUCAGCGGAGUCGUCACGCGCCGGAGCGGCGUCUUUCCGCAGCUCAAGUACGUCAAGUUCGACUGCUCCAAGUGCGGGGUGACUCUUGGCCCUUUCCAGCAAGAGUCCAACGUGGAGGUCAAGAUCACGUACUGCCAGAGCUGCCAGUCUCGCGGCCCCUUCACGCUCAACUCGGAAAAGACGGUCUACCGCAACUACCAGAAGCUGACGCUCCAGGAGUCUCCGGGCACCGUCCCCGCCGGCCGCUUGCCGCGCACUCGCGAGGUCAUCCUGCUGUGGGACCUCAUCGACAAGGCCAAGCCGGGCGAGGAGAUUGAGGUGACGGGCAUCUACCGCAACAGCUACAACGCGCAACUGAACAAUCGAAACGGCUUCCCGGUCUUUGCCACCAUCCUGGAAGCGAACAACGUCAUCAAGGCCCACGACCAGCUGGCCGGGUUCCGCAUGACCGAGGAAGACGAGCAGGAGAUUCGAAAGCUUGCCCGGGACGCCGAUGUUGUGGACAAGAUUGUCAAUUCCAUCGCGCCGAGCAUUUACGGCCACACCGACAUCAAGACCGCGGUGGCCCUGUCGCUCUUUGGCGGCGUCUCCAAGAUCACCCGGGGCCAGCAUCACGUCCGCGGCGACAUCAACGUGCUGCUGCUGGGGGAUCCCGGCACGGCAAAGUCUCAGGUGCUCAAGUACGUGGAGAAGACUGCCCACAGAGCCGUGUUCGCCACCGGCCAGGGAGCCAGCGCGGUCGGGUUGACGGCCAGCGUGCGCCGGGAUCCGCUGACGAGCGAAUGGACCCUCGAGGGGGGCGCGCUGGUGCUGGCGGACCGCGGCACCUGCCUGAUUGACGAGUUUGACAAGAUGAACGACCAGGACCGAACUUCGAUACACGAAGCCAUGGAGCAGCAGACCAUUUCCAUCUCCAAGGGCGGGAUCGUGACGACGCUGCAGGCGCGAUGCGGCAUCAUUGCCGCAGCCAACCCCCAGGGGGGGCGAUACAACUCUGCGCUGCCCUUUUCCGCCAACGUCAACCUCACGGAGCCGAUCCUGUCUCGGUUCGACAUUCUCUGCGUGGUGCGAGACACGGUGGAGCCGGAGGAGGAUGGGCGACUGGCCCGGUUUAUAGUGUCGUCGCACAGUCGCAGCCACCCCGUGCGUGGGACGGCGGCACAGGGCUCGAUGCAGGUUGAGCGCGAUGCCGCCGCCCUGUCCGAGACGCAAGACACGGCUUCUGGGGGCGAUUCUUCUGCCCGGGCCGAGACAUGGCCAGACACUGCUGCGGCUGCGGCUGCGGGCGCGACCAAGGAGGGCGAGAUCCCGCAGCAACUUUUGCGCAAGUACAUCCUGUACGCCCGCGAGCGGUGCCACCCCAAGCUCUUCCAGAUGGACGAGGACAAGGUGGCUCGUCUCUUUGCCGACAUGAGGAGAGAAUCCCUGGCCGCCGGGGCCUAUCCCAUCACGGUCCGUCACCUGGAAGCAAUCAUCCGCAUCAGCGAGGCCUUUUGCCGGAUGCGCUUGUCAGAGUACUGCUCGGCCCAGGACAUUGACCGUGCCAUCGCAGUCACGGUGGACAGCUUUGUGGGCAGCCAGAAACUCAGCUGCAAGAAGGCGCUGUCGCGCGCCUUUGCCAAGUAUACUCUGAGAGCGCCACGGACGGGGGCCGGGGCCGGGGCCAGUCGAAGAAGAGGUGCAGCGUCGGCGUGA